AUGUGGUUACGACGACUGCUCGACCCGCGACUGCUGCUCUACUCGUCCAGCCUCGCCCCGGGCUUCACCACGGCGACGGGCACCGACGCGCUAGCAGCAGCCGCGACGGACGGGUCGCCUUCCCUUUCGCUCUCGGUGGUCGACGGCACCGUGUCCAUCCUCCCCGUUGGCCCGCUGCCGAGCUCUGGCAACACCAACAGCGCGCCCGAUCCCCUCCCGCAGCCGACCGACUCGAGCGCCGUGACCCUCACUACUGUGCCCGGCGAGGUACCCACCGGCGGCGCCGGCGCAACGACUCCCCUCUCGACCGUCACGAAGAGCCUGCCCCCCGCGCCCGAGACGACAGUGGCUUCAAGCUCCAGCACCGCGUCGCUCUCGACCUCGACCUCGCGCUCCGGUGCGGCGUCCGCUUCUGGCUCCAGCUCCGGCUCCGCGGCCCCCUCGCCUUCAGCAUCACCCUCCCGCGGGUCAAGCGCGAGCCGUACCCUCCCCCCCGCGGCCGCUGUCGCCGCCGCCAUCUUCGCCGCCGCCGUGUGUGCGCUCUAG